AUGGAGGCCAGAGCUGAAGUUCUCUCCUGUUCCAUCUGUCUGGAGCUACUGAAGGAUCCAGUCACUCUCAACUGUGGACACAGCUUCUGUCAGGUCUGUGUUAAAGGUUACUGGGACUCAGAAGGUGAGAGGAACAUCUGCCAGUGUCCUCAGUGCAGACGGACCUUUAGACGGAGGCCUGUCCUGCAGAAGAAUGUCAUGUUAGCAGAGUUAGUGGAGGAGCUGCAGAAGACUGGACUCCAAGCUGCUGACCUCUGCUAUGCUGGACCUGAAGAUGUGGCCUGUGACUCCUGCACUGGGAGGAAGCUGAAAGCCCUCAAGUCCUGUCUGGUGUGUCUGACCUCUUACUGUGAGCAACACCUCCAGCCUCAUCUAGAAGCUCCGGCCUUCAGGAGACACAAGCUGGUCCAGCCGUCCAAGCAGCUCCAGGAGAUCCUCUGCCCUCAACACGAUAAGGUGAAGGAGAUCUUCUGUCGUACUGAUCAGCAGGUCAUCUGUCAACUCUGUGCUGUGGACCAACACAAAGACCACCACAUUGUCUCGGCCGCAGCAGAGAGAAGAGAGCGAGCGAAAGAGGUGGAUCAGAGUCGAGGAAGGAUCCAGCAGAGGAUCCAGGACCGAGAGGAAGAGCUGAAGAUGCUUCAGCAGGAGCAGAAGAUCAUCAGAGACUCUGCUGAUAAAGCAGUGAAGGACAGUCAGGAGACCCUCCAGCAGCUGAUCCAGAACCUCCAGAGAAGAAUGUCUGAUGUGGAGCAGCAGAUCAGAUCCCGGCAGAAGACUGAAGCCGCUGGAGUCCGAGGACUUCAGGAGCAGCUGGAGCAGGAGAUCGCUGAGCUGAAGAAGAAAGAUGCUGAGCUGCAGCAGCUGUCACUCACCGACAGUCACUUGGUCUUUCUCCAGAACUGGUCCUCACUCUCAGAGGUCCUGAGUAAAGAGCCUCUGACUGGACGUUGUUACUGGGAGGUGGAGAGGAGAGGAGAGGUUGCAGUAGCUGUCUCAUACAAGAACAUCAGCAGAUCAGGACGAGAAAGUCAAUUUGGAGAUAAUGACAAAUCUUGGGCUUUAUGGUGUCGGGACUCUGGUUGUUCAUUCACACACAACAUCAUCACAACUGACCUCUCCACAGUUCCACCCUACAGACUGGGAGUGUACCUGGAUCACUCUGCAGGUCUUCUGUCCUUCUACAGCGUCUCUGAAACCAUGACCCUCCUCCACAGAGUCCACACCACCUUCACUCAGCCUCUACAUGCUGGGCUUGAGGUCUGGUCCUCCUCAUGUGAGAUCCUGAAGCUGAACUAAACCACAGUGUGAGUUGUGUCUCACAAACUCUUCCUGCUGGUUGUUGACUUCUUUCCUCUCCAGCAGUGUGUUUGUGUCCUUCUGUGUGUCAUGAUUGUAGGGCUCUAAACACUUGUGUCUCUGUGUGUGUCUGUAAUAAUGAUCCCACUUCAUUCAUAUCAAUGUUCCCAAAGUGCUUUUACUGGCAAAACUGCUCUUCAACUGUUCAUCAUGGCAGAGUCUCGAGGAGCUGGUUGUUUUCACCCGGAGAAAACACUUUAACAUGAAUGUGGAAACUGAUCACGUACAUUAUGUAAACAGCCGUUGCUCAUGAUUUUUUCAAGUAUUGUAUCAUCAAAUAU